CUUACCGUUAGGCUUAGUCGCUUAAAGGCAGGCAAGAAAAGGAAAAGCUACGCCUACGCCUACGGGCAGUAUCAAAAAACCCCUUUCCCUAUCUAUUUUCUAACCUAGUUCAAAAUUUUCAACUUUGCUUGGUUGCGGCGGCGGAUUCACGAGUUACGACUCACGACUACAAUAGCUUCACGACCUCGGUGACGGCGACUCCUCUCCUCUCCUCCGCGAUUGCUUAUUUGCUCAUUGUUGACCUUCAUUCAGGCAAGACUUGUCUUACCCUAUUGCCGCCCUUGCCUCUGUGCUGUUUUUUGGUUCAGAAUGGACAACGGCAACGAUGCCGCACCAGCUCAGCUGACGGCUGAGGCGGCUGCACAGUUACAGGAAGGCAUCGGGUUGGUGCUAGGUAGAUGGACUGCCCUUCAGAUGGCUAUCGAGAACGACUGGGGUGGCCGCGGCUCUCGUGAAAAGUCCAGUCAGCUCAAUCUCGACAUAUUUUCCGCCUUCACAAAUUCCAAAGAAAAAGUAUAUAUGGAUGAUAUAGAGGAGAUUCUAGAUGAGUUCAUGUUGUCUCUAAAUACUGAAGUCAAUGAUGGCAGUCUUGAGGAGGUAGCAGAAAAAAUGAUGUUUAUGCAUGAAGAGUGUCUGGAAGGCAAUUUCAAUUCAAUCAAACUGCUAAGAGAAACAAAUGUUGGAAGGAGACCUGCCACUUAUGUCAGACAAGAUGCUACUGAUGACGACGACAGUAGUGAUGACGGCAAUGAAAACUUGGGUAACAAUUCAUCAGAUAUGGCAAUUGAUUCUGUGGGAACACAGUCAAAUUUGGGCCAGGGUAUGGUAGUUGAUGAGCCUGUGACGAAGCAGCCAGCUGAAGUGGACGAGGACGGGUGGACGAAAGUAGCUACUAGGCGUAACAAAGGUAGACGGAAUUAAAGCACUACUACAGCCCAUGGAGUAUACAAAAUUUCGUUCCCUAUACCUUAAAAUGAAGAAAGCUUGGUAUGUUGGUGAACUAUUAUUUUAAUAGUUGUAAUUAUCGGCGAUUGUAAUUUGGUUUUGCUUCCUCGUGCCUUGAUGAAUUCUCCGCCCAAUUAUCGUCAAAGGCUCUGAGACGGUAUUUUUGCUAGUUGUAACAAUGAAAUUUGUAGUUGAGUUACUGGAGCCUCGUUGAUAUUCCUUAAUGCGCCUUACCUUUUUUUUGGGGGUGAAGUAAGGCAUCAAUACUUGAUCUAAAUUAAGUAAAACAACAUUAUUGUA